UUUCAAACGCUGUGAGCUGUUCUCCUUUUCCCAUUCGUCUUCUGUCACUUCCUUCCUGGACGCAGUUUUCUGGACGAGUCUGGUUACUUUUAAUCCGACCCGCCGCUGAGAGCCACUUUCUCCUCCUCCUCUUCCUCCUCCUCCUCCUCCUCCUCUUCCUCCUCGUUCUUCCUCCUCCUCCUCCUCUUCGGAGCGGCCUCGGCGCGCGCGAAUGCGCGGCCCCGCGCCCCCCCUCGCGCGCGCUCCCCUCGCGCGCGCACACACGCACACAUCGUCUCCAGCUCUCUGCUCGCUCUGCUCGCAGUCACAGACACUUGAGCACACGCGUACACCCAGACAUCUUCGGGCUGCUAUUGGAUUGACUUUGAAGGUUCUGUGUGGGUCGCCGUGGCUGCAUGUUUGAAUCAGGUGGAGAAGCACUUCAACGCUGGACGAAGUAAAGAUUAUUGUUGUUAUUUUUUUUCUCUCUCUCUCUCUCUCUCUCUUAAGAAAGGAAAAUAUCUCAAGGACUAAUCUGAUCGGGUCUUCCUUCAUCAGGAACGAAUGCAGGAAUUUGGGAACUGAGCUGUGCAAGUGCUGAAGAAGGAGAUUUGUUUGGAGGAAACAGGAAAGAGAAAGAAAAGGAAGGAAAAAAUACAUAAUUUCAGGGACGAGAGAGAGAAGAAAAACGGGGACUAUGGGGAGAAAAAAGAUUCAGAUUACGAGGAUUAUGGAUGAACGUAACAGACAGGUGACAUUUACAAAGAGGAAAUUUGGGUUGAUGAAGAAGGCUUACGAGCUGAGCGUGCUGUGUGACUGUGAGAUUGCGCUGAUCAUCUUCAACAGCACCAACAAGCUGUUCCAGUAUGCCAGCACCGACAUGGACAAAGUGCUUCUCAAGUACACGGAGUACAACGAGCCGCAUGAGAGCCGGACAAACUCAGACAUCGUGGAGACGUUGAGAAAGAAGGGCCUUAAUGGCUGUGACAGCCCAGACCCCGAUGCGGACGAUUCAGCAUUGAACAAGAAAGAAAACAAAGGCUGUGAAAGCCCCGAUCCCGACUCCUCUUAUGCACUCACCCCACGCACUGAAGAAAAAUACAAAAAAAUUAAUGAAGAAUUUGAUAAUAUGAUCAAGAGUCAUAAAAUUCCUGCUGUUCCACCUCCCAACUUCGAGAUGCCAGUCUCUAUCCCAGUGUCCAGCCACAACAGUUUGGUGUACAGCAACCCUGUCAGCUCACUGGGAAACCCCAACCUUUUGCCACUGGCUCACCCUUCUCUGCAGAGGAAUAGUAUGUCUCCUGGUGUAACACAUCGACCUCCAAGUGCAGGUAACACAGGUGGUCUGAUGGGUGGAGACCUCACAUCUGGUGCAGGCACCAGUGCAGGGAACGGGUAUGGCAAUCCCCGAAACUCACCAGGUCUGCUGGUCUCACCUGGUAACUUGAACAAGAAUAUGCAAGCAAAAUCUCCUCCCCCAAUGAAUUUAGGAAUGAAUAACCGUAAACCAGAUCUCCGAGUUCUUAUUCCACCAGGCAGCAAGAAUACGAUGCCAUCAGUGAAUCAAAGGAUAAAUAACUCCCAGUCGGCUCAGUCAUUGGCUACCCCAGUGGUCUCUGUAGCAACUCCUACUUUACCAGGACAAGGAAUGGGAGGAUAUCCAUCAGCCAUUUCAACAACAUAUGGUACCGAGUACUCUCUGAGUAGUGCAGACCUGUCAUCUCUGUCUGGGUUUAACACCGCCAGCGCUCUUCACCUUGGUUCAGUAACUGGCUGGCAACAGCAACACCUACAUAACAUGCCACCAUCUGCCCUCAGUCAAUUGGGAGCUUGCACUAGCACUCAUUUAUCUCAGAGUUCAAAUCUCUCCCUGCCUUCUACUCAAAGCCUCAACAUCAAGUCAGAACCUGUUUCUCCUCCUAGAGACCGUACCACCACCCCUUCGAGAUACCCACAACACACGCGCCACGAGGCGGGGAGAUCUCCUGUUGACAGCUUGAGCAGCUGUAGCAGUUCGUACGACGGGAGCGACCGAGAGGAUCACCGGAACGAAUUCCACUCCCCCAUUGGACUCACCAGACCUUCGCCGGACGAAAGGGAAAGUCCCUCAGUCAAGCGCAUGCGACUUUCUGAAGGAUGGGCAACAUGAUCAGAUUAUUACUUACUAGUUUUUUUUUUUUUUUUUUUCUUGCAGUGUGUGUGUGUGCUAUACCUUAAUGGGGAAGGGGGGUCGAUAUGCAUUAUAUGUGCCGUGUGUGGAAAAAAAAAAGUCAGGUACUCUGUUUUGUAAAAGUACUUUUAAAUUGCCUCAGUGAUACAGUAUAAAGAUAAACAGAAAUGCUGAGAUAAGCUUAGCACUUGAGUUGUACAACAGAACACUUGUACAAAAUAGAUUUUAAGGCUAACUUCUUUUCACUGUUGUGCUCCUUUGCAAAAUGUAUGUUACAAUAGAUAGUGUCAUGUUGCAGGUUCAACGUUAUUUACAUGUAAAUAGACAAAAGGAAACAUUUGCCAAAAGCGGCAGAUCUUUACUGAAAGAGAGAGCAGCUGUUAUGCAACAUAUAGAAAAAUGUAUAGAUGCUUGGACAGACCCGGUAAUGGGUGGCCAUUGGUAAAUGUUAGGAACACGCCAGGUCACCUGACAUCCCAAGAAUGCUCACAAACCUGCAGGCAUAUCAUUGGCGUAUGGCACUCAUUAAAAAGGAUCAAAGACCAUUAAAAGAGGACCAUACCUAUUUAAAAAAAAAUGUGGAGUUGGAGGGCUAACGUAUUUAAUUAAAUAAAUAAAUCUGGGUCUGCAUCUCUUAUUAAAUAAAAAUAUAAAAAUAUGUACAUUACAUUUUGCUUAUUUUCAUAUAAAAGGUAAGACAGAGUUUGCAAAGCAUUUGUGGCUUUUUGUAGUUUACUUAAGCCAAAAUGUGUUUUUUUCCCCUUGAUAGCUUCGCUAAUAUUUUAAACAGUCCUGUAAAAAACCAAAAAGGACUUUUUGUAUAGAAAGCACUACCCUAAGCCAUGAAGAACUCCAUGCUUUGCUAACCAAGAUAACUGUUUUCUCUUUGUAGAAGUUUUGUUUUUGAAAUGUGUAUUUCUAAUUAUAUAAAAUAUUAAGAAUCUUUUAAAAAAAUCUGUGAAAUUAACAUGCUUGUGUAUAGCUUUCUAAUAUAUAUAAUAUUAUGGUAAUAGCAGAAGUUUUGUUAUCUUAAUAGCGGGAGGGGGGUAUAUUUGUGCAGUUGCACAUUUGAGUAACUAUUUUCUUUCUGUUUUCUUUUACUCUGCAUACAUUUUAUAAGUUUAAGGUCAGCUGUCAAAAGGAUAACCUGUGGGGUUAGAACAUAUCACAUUGCAACACCCUAAAUUGUUUUUAAUACAUUAGCAAUCUAUUGGGUCAACUGACAUCCAUUGUAUAUACUAGUUUCUUUCAUGCUAUUUUUGUUUUGUUUUUUGCAUUUUUAUCAAAUGCAGGGCCCCUUUCUGAUCUCACCAUUUCACCAUGCAUCUUGGAAUUCAGUAAGUGCAUAUCCUAACUUGCCCAUAUUCUAAAUCAUCUGGUUGGUUUUCAGCCUAGAAUUUGAUACGCUUUUUAGAAAUAUGCCCAGAAUAGAGAAGCUAUGUUGGGGCACAUGUCCUGCAAAUAUGGCCCUAGAAACAAGUGAUAUGGAAUUUACUUGGUGAAUAAGUUAUAAAUUCCCACAGAAGAAAAAUGUGAAAGACUGGGUGCUAGACAAGAAGGAAGCAGGUAAAGGGAUAGUUGCUUUGUCAUCCGUUUUUAAUUAUUUUAACUGACCCUUGACAAUCUUGUCAGCAAUAUAGGACUGUUGAACAAUCCCGGUGUGUCAGGACCCCCAAAUGUCACUUCUGCAUAAAGCAUGUAUGUCAUCUAUUUUUUCUUCAAUAAAGAGAUUUAAUAGCCAUUUCAAGAAAUCCCAUAAAGAACCUCUCUAUGUCCCUUUUUUUAAUUUAAAAAAAUGACUCUUGUCUAAUAUUCGUCUAUAAGGGAUUAAUUUUCAGACCCUUUAAUAAGUGAGUGCCAUAAGAAAGUCAAUAUAUAUUGUUUAAAAGAUAUUUCAGUCUAGGAAAGAUUUUCCUUCUCUUGGAAUGUGAAGAUCUGUCGAUUCAUCUCCAAUCAUAUGCAUUGACAUACACAGCAAAGAAGAUAUAGGCAGUAAUAUCAACACUGCUAUAUCAUGUGUAGGACAUUUCUUAUCCAUUUUUUCUCUUUUACUUGCAUAGUUGCUAUGUGUUUCUCAUUGUAAAAGGCUGCCGCUGGGUGGCAGAAGCCAAGAGACCUUAUUAACUAGGCUAUAUUUUUCUUAACUUGAUCUGAAAUCCACAAUUAGACCACAAUUGCACCUUUGGUUGUAUCCAUAAAGGAUGCUAGCCUGCCUUGUACUAAUGUUUUAUAUACUAAAAAAAAUCUAUCAACCAUUUCAUAUAUAUCCCACUACUCAAGGUAUCCAUGGACGGAACAUGAAAGAAUAACAUUUAUGCAGAGGAAAAACAAAAACAUCCCUGAAAAUAUACACACUCGUACACACACACGCACAGGGGAAAAAAAUAAGAAAAUCAUUUUCCUCACCAUAGACUUGAUCCCAUCCUUACAACCCAUCCUUCUAACUUGAUGUGUAUAAAAUAUGCAAACAUGUCACAAAUGUUCUUUGUCAUUUCAAAAUACUUUAGUAUAUCAAUAUCGGUAGAUACCAGUGGGUGGGAAAGGGUCAUUAUAUGAAAAUAUGAAGAAAUAGCCAUAUUAGUUUUUUAACCUACAAUUUGCCUCAGCAACAAAGAAAAAGUGAAUUUUUAAUGUUGAAGAUAAAGUAAGCUAAAGUACCAGCAGAAGCCUUGGCUAUUUGUAGCAGUUCUGACAAUAGUUUUAUAAGAACAUGAAGAGAACAGAAUCACUUGAAAAUGGAUGCCAGUCAUCUCUUGUUCCCACUACUGAAUUCUUAUAAAGUGGUGGCAUGAUAGCGAAGGGAUAAUCUGAGAAUUUUUUAAAGAUGAUUUAAUGAGAAGAAGCACAAUUUUGAUUGUGAUGAGUCACUUUCUGUAAACAAUCUUGGUCUAUCUUUACCCUUAUACCUUAUCUGUAAUUUACCAUUUACUGUAUUUGCAAAGCUAGUAUGGUUUUUAAUCACAGUAAAUCCUUUGUAUUCCAGACUUUAGGGCAGAGCCCUGAGGGAGUAUUAUUUUACAUAACCCGUCCUAGAGUAACAUUUUAGGCAACAUUCUUCAUUGCAAGUAAAAGAACCAUAAGUGGCAUUUUACACGGCUGCAAGUAUUGUUAUAUCUAAUCCUAUUUUAAAAGAUUUUUGGUAAUAUGAAGCUUGAAUGCUGGUAACAGUGAUGCAAUAUACACAAGCUGCACAACCUGUAUAUUGUAUGCAUUGCUGCGUGGCGGCUGUUUAUUUCAACCUUUUUAAAAAUUGUGUUUUUUAGUAAAAUGGCUUAUUUUUUCCCAAAGGUGGAAUUUAGCAUUUUGUAAUGAUGAAUAUAAAAAUACCUGUCAUCCUCAGAUCAUUUAAAGGUUAACUAGUGAGAAAGAAAAAACAAAAUCCCAAGACACUUUUUAAAAGAAUGUCUGCCCUCACACACUUCUAUGUAUUUGUUUUUCUUACAUGCCCAUCUUUUCACUUAGAGAUAGCAUUUUUUGCCCUCUUUAUUUUGUUGUUUGUUUUUCCAGAGAGUAAAUGCUUUGUAGUUCUUUCUUUAAAAAACAUUUUUUUAAAGAAGAAGCCACUUGAACCCUCAAUAAAGGCUGUUGCCUAAGCAUGGCAUACUUCAUCUGUUCUCGUUUGUGCCAUCUGCCAUGAUGUCGUCACUUUUAUGGCGUUAAUUUCCUGCCACUACAGAUCUUUUGAAGAUUGCUGGAAUACUGAUGUCUGUUAGAAUGCUUCAGACUACAGAUGUAAUUAAAGGCUUUUCUUAAUAUGUUUUAACCAAAGAUGUGGAGCAAUCCAAGCCACAUAUCUUCUACAUCAAAUUUUUCCAUUUUGGUUAUUUUCAUAAUCUGGUAUUGCAUUUUGCCUUCCCUGUUCAUACCUCAAAUUGAUUCAUACCUCAGUUUAAUUCAGAGAGGUCAGUUAAGUGACGGAUUCUGUUGUGGUUUGAAUGCAGUACCAGUGUUCUCUUCAAGCAAAGUAGACCUGGGUCACUGUAGGCAUAGGACUUGGAUUGCUUCAGAUGGUUUGCUGUAUCAUUUUUCUUCUUUUUCUUUUCCUGGGGACUUGUUUCCAUUAAAUGAGAGUAAUUAAAAUCGCUUGUAAAUGAGGGCAUACAAGCAUUUGCAACAAAUAUUCAAAUAGAGGCUCACAGCGGCAUAAGCUGGACUUUGUCGCCACUAGAUGACAAGAUGUUAUAACUAAGUUAAACCACAUCUGUGUAUCUCAAGGGACUUAAUUCAGCUGUCUGUAGUGAAUAAAAGUGGGAAAUUUUCAAAAGUUUCUCCUGCUGGAAAUAAGGUAUAAUUUGUAUUUUGCAGACGAUUCAGUAAAGUUACUGGCUUUCUUAGUG